UGCGCGGGCUCAGGUCCCCCUCCCCCUCCCCCCCGGCCGUUGCAGUCAAGCGCGCGCUCCCUCCUGGCCAAGAGGCUCGAGCCGCCCCCAGAGUCACCGCCCGCCCGCCCGCGACCCUGACCCGACAUGUUGGCGCUCAGGUACACGUUCCCCCCUCACCCGCGGUGCCCGGCUGUGGGACUCUGGGGGCAACUGAGGAUGGUCUCCUCCUCCUCCUCCUCCUCCUCCACCAUUACCGCCGUUGACGAUGACCAGUUGCCCGUUAUCCGCGUCCCGCAGCAGCUGCAGCAGAAGCUGAAGCGCGGGGCGGGGAACCAGGUGGCGGCGGUGGGGCUCACGUUGGCCAAGCCCGGCCGUCUGCUGAUCGUGGGCAAGCGUCCUCAACUCAACCAGCACUCCGGCCGCAUCUUCGGCAAGUUCGACCAGGUGCCGCUGGUCUCCAAGGGAUGGAAGCACAUGAAGGCAGCCGGGGAUUACUUCACCAUCAACAACACCCGUACUCGGCCCCCGGCCUUGCCCGGAGACCAGGGGGAGGAGGAGGAAGAGGAGGAAAGGCAGAAGUCCAGUGGAAAGGCGCCGAGCUUCAGUUCGCUGGGGCUGUGCAUUGAGUUGCAGGACGCCUUGGACAAAAUGGGCAUCUCUCGCCCCACCACGGUUCAAUCCCAGGCCAUCGCGGCCCUCAUGAGAAGGAAGAAUAUUCUGUGUGCCGCCGAGACUGGCAGCGGCAAGACCCUGAGCUACCUGCUGCCCUUGAUGCAUACCUUGAUCUCUGAAAGGCUUGUGCCCACCGAUGCCGACUGGACUGGUCCGCAUGGUCUAGUGUUGGUCCCGUCCCGGGAGCUGGCCGACCAGGUCUGCCAAGUGGCACAGUCCCUGGCAUCCAACCUCAAUCUGAAUGUGCAGACGGUCGGUGGAGGUCGUGGGUUGGGCAACGUAAAACUCACCCUGUCCCGAGGACAGAUUGACCUCCUAAUAUCCACACCUGGUAUCCUUUGGAAGGCACUGAAAAGGGACUUUAUCAGUCUACGUGAGUUGACCUACCUGGUACUGGAUGAGGCGGACACUCUGUUUGAUGCGAGCUUUGUGGAGCUGCUGGAGGGCAUUCUCAACCAUACCCAAAUAGCUUCCAACGUCUCUGAAACCCAUGGGGUGGAAAGGAAAGCUCAGCUGGUGGUGACAGGGGCAACAUUCCCAGGUGGAGUGGGAGAACUCCUCAGCAAAAUCACGGAUUUGGGCAGCAUCACCACAAUAAAGAGCAAAGGCCUUCACUACCUCAUGCCGCACGUGAAGCAAAAAUUUACGAAGGUGAAGCGGGCUGAUAAAUUGUCUGAGCUCCUGCAAGUCUUGAAGCAACUUGCAAAAAGACCUGAGUUUGGAAUUCUUGUGUUUUGCAACAAUGCAGCAACUGUUAAUUGGCUUGGUUAUAUCUUGGAAGACCAUCGCAUCAAACACUUCCGGCUGCAGGGGAAUAUGGUGGCUGAAAAGCGAAGCAGCAUCUUUGAUACUUUUCAGAGGGGUCUCGUAGAUGUCCUACUUUGCACAGACAUUGCAUCCCGAGGCUUGGACACUCGGAGGGUGGAAAUUGUAAUUAAUUAUGACUUCCCACCAACUCUGUGUGAUUACAUCCACAGAGCUGGGAGAGUGGGGCGUGUUGGGGGCAAGGUUUUGGGUACUGUUAUCAGUUUUGUUACGCACCCUUGGGAUGUUGAACUGGUGCAGAAAAUUGAAGCUUCAGCACGUCAAAAAUUGAUGCUCCCUGGCAUGGAGUCCAAAAUCAGCGAGGCAACAACGAAAAUCAUAGCAGAAUUAUGAGAAGUGAGAUGUUCAGACUGACAAAUUCACAUUGGCUGUAACAAUUUUAGUAAGUUCGGCUUUUGAAGUAAACUUAAAUUGUUUACAAAAAUGAAACAGAUUCUUAGAGACAAUAGUAUUAUGCAUUGAAAAGUAAGAAGACAUAUAAAUUGUGUCCAUAAGUUUCAGGUGUCACUGUUAGAUAGGGUGAUCAAGAAGGCUUUUGGUAUAAUGGCUGUCAUCGUAUUGUGCACAGAAGUUAGAAUGUUGUGUUGCAGUUUUAAGAGACAUUGGCGAGACUGCACCUUAAGAGUAUUGUGUUCUCUUUUGGUGGUACUCUAUCAAUAUUUAAAAUGCAUUUGGACAGGUACGUGCAUAGGAAAGGUUUAGAGGGAAGUGAGUGAAAAGAUAUCCAGUCUACCUAAUCUUGCUUUGUAACUGAAUUCUUCCUUUCCAGGCAGUGUCCUGUAGAAUCUCAUCUGCACCCUCUCUAAUGCAAACACAUCCUUCCAUUGGUGACUAGAACUGCACACAAUGUUCUCCAGUGCAGUCUGACAAAUAUUUUGUAUAGGUGUUUCGUGAUGAACCAAUCCUUGUACUCAAUAUCUCAGCCUAUGACAGCAAUCACACUAAGUGCUGCCUUCACCACUCAAUUCCACCUAAAUAAUUGUUCCCAGGAAAUUAUGAAUUUGCACCCCAAAUGAUCUCUCUCUCUCUCUUUGUGAUUUGUUAAUUCUGUAACACAAAAUGUCAUUUAUCUGACCGGCUGUAAUGUUGGGGGGUUGUGGGUUGCUUUUAUAUGGAAAACAACAUAAGUCCCAGCACCCUUACCUGUGUUACACCACUGGUUACCGAAUUCCUGUCAGAAUAACAACCACUUGCCACAACCCCCUACUCCUAUCAUCAAGCCGAUUUUGGAUACAGUUUCUCAAAGCUCUUUAACCCCAUGUGCUUUUCUCCUUGCGCACCAGUCUAUUGUGUGAGGUUUUGUCAAAUUUCACUGCACCAUAAUUGGUACAUGUAACAAUAAACUGACCUUGAACCUUGAAACCUUGUCUUAAGCAACAAAAGUUACGAGACUUUCUGUUUUCACCUCCAGUUUGUCUUGAAGCUACCUAAUGUCUACCUUGGUUCUUAAUAUCUUGUUGAAUGUCGAUUUCAUUUGCAUCAUACCUAAGAAGCCCUUUUGAAAGUUUAAUUGUGAACGGCAGUAUACAAGGUAAGUUGUUGAUGAUGGCCUAUUUGAUUUAUUCAGUAGGGUCAUAUAGCGUGGAAACUGGCACUUUGGCUCAACUUGUCCACACCGACCAACAUGUCCCAUCUACACUACUCCCACCUGCCUGCGUUUGGCCCAUAUCCCUCUAAACCCGUCCUAUCCAUGUACCUGUCUAAAUAUUUCUUAAACGUUGCAAAGUAUUUUGAAUAAAAGCUAUCUUUCCUCCUAAUUAAAUUAUCCUAAUCUACUCUAAAUCCUGAGUUUUUUUGCUUUGGCUCAGAAAACUUAAUAUUCUUUUAGAAUUAUUUAAUAAUAGUCAUGGUCAACUCUAUCUAAUACUAGGUGUAGCCACAUUUAACAAAUUAGUCAACAAUAUAAACUAAAUUGUUUUUAAAACAAGGGCUUUCAUUAAGCGUUUGUAUGGUGUUUGAUUUUUGGACAAUUAAUAUAACUGAAUAUUUGAAAAUUCAAUAAGAUUGCAGCCAAUAGGGAGGUGAUAAUAGAUGACUAGUUUAAAGAUUUGGAAGCGUAACAAACCUCAUUAAGCAUUCUGAUUUUUCCUUUAUUUUUCUUUAAAUAUGAGGGUUCUAAUAUUCUAAUGAGACUUGUCCGAUGAUUUGUUUCCGGAUCAUUUAGAACAUUAAGGUAACGAGGGAGAAAAAAAAUCAGGCUUUAAAAGCAAAUUGCCUACAAGAGAUCUUAUUUUUAUCAACUUUGAAAUUCCCAUUCACACCAUAUGGUAUAGUUUUAUGCAGUUAUUUCCAUGAUGAACUGCAAUUUAUUUUUCAGUACAGGUUUGACAUUGAGUAUAUCGGUAACAAUUUAGCAACAUAAACUAUAAACAGCGUGAUACUAACUCUUCACCAGAAAGCAUGAACAAUAAAUGCAUUUCAAUGAAUACCUUUUCCCAAAAGGCUUUUGGGAAGCAUUUUCACUCCUAAUAAACAGUAAAAU